AUGAUCGCCGACAACGCGAACGACACGUUUUACGCUGAUCCUUUUUCCGUUCCAUUUUUCGUUUCGGACAGCGCCAACUCCCGCACCGUACAACCAGCAGCAACUUUAGAUAUCGACCCAAAGGUAGCAUCAUCCAACGCCGCGUUGCGCGGCGAGGGAGAACUUUGGGAUUACAUGCGCGCCUCGAACGAACUCAGCAGUGACAUGGCGGCGGGUGAGCUGGAGGACAUCAUUCUCCGCGCCGCUUCGUCGUCCGCCGUUCCGAAUGGCAUAACUUUGCCAUGGUCGCUCGAUGCCGUGGUUCCCGCCGCGACCGCCGCUACCUCAGCUGGGGGGAACGGAUACUCAUACUACACAGCCCAAGCCAGCGCAGGAUCGCUGCCGCAGAACGCGCUGCAAGACACGGCGCCGCAGAACACGGCGGCGCAGCAGUUUCACCAGGAGUGGUCGAAUGGCGGCGGCGCAUGGACGAGCGCCGGACGCGGCGAGUAUCAGUUGGGAAACGGAUGGGCUCCCGCUGAUUUUCCGGCUCGUUUCAGUACUGGAGCCAGUACUGCGAGUACAAUAGCCGACACAGCAAUCCAUGAGCGCACGGACGAUGAUUUCGCAAACGGCGGCGAAGGAAUGUCGCAGUUUUGGUCACAGGAUGCCGGCCCCGGAACCGCAGCCGCCGCCGCCGCCGCCGGUCACGCCGCGAGACACGACGGCGGUUUCAGUCCCAGCCACCUACCGGCCAUCCUCCGCUCCCUCGCGGCGCACCAGCAGGCCGUUGAGGCCCUCGCGCCGCUCGCUACUGAGCCGCGGCGGCAGGCUGGUGAGUGGGAAAGGCGAACGGGGGAAGGCGCCGUCAGUGCCGCCGCCGGAUGGCGCAGUUCCGCCAGCCUGCCCGCCAAUGCGGCGGCGGCGGCGCCUGCGCCGGGUUUCCUGCCGGCGGAAGGCGUCUUUCCGCCGCUUCCCCUCACGCGGCCGGCUCCAGCAGCUUCGUUCCAACGAGCCCCCGCCUCCGCCGCUGCACUCGCCGCUGCAUUCCCCGCCUCCUCCUCUUCCGCCUCGUCCGCGCACCUUGCCGCGUCCGUCGCCGCUUCUCUCGCCGGCGAGCGACUCGUCUCGGUAGGAGGCGGAGUGAGUUUCGAGACGUCUCAAGACUCGCAACUACCGCAACUUGAGGCACGGGACGGCUCGGCAGGACACGGCUUGGCAGGCGGCGGGAUGGUGUGGAAAGCAGGUGCAGAAGCGACGGCGGAACCGUCGGCGACGGGGGCGCAGAAUCCGAGCGCCGUUGACGCUCUGGCGUCCAUGAUUUUAGUUGCUGCGGCGGCGGCGGGCGGGCAGGGUGGAGGAUUCACCCCCGCAGGCCCCCCGCGGGCUGGGAUUGGCGGCGCAGCUGGCGCGGGCAGUGGCGGAAUGGAUGGUGGGGGGAGAACCGGGGGAAUGUGGGGAGGAGUUGGGGGGGGGAUGGAUGGGGGAAUGGGUGGGGGGACGGUUGGGGGAGUGGGAGGAGAGGGUGACGAGUGGCGCAGUGCUGAUGUGGCAGGGGGUGUGGAUAGGAAUGGAACUGGGUAUGGGGACUUUGGGGAGAGAGACGCGUAUGGAUAUGGGGAUGGGAAUGUGGACGCUAAACUGCAGAGGAGAAACACGGCAACCAGCGGCACCGGGAACAUGGGGGGGAACAUGAGGAACAUGGGGAACAUUGAUGAGAAACCAAUUGCAGUGGGCCAAGCAGCGGGUGAUGUGGGCAGGAAGCGGCAAGCGAGAGGGGAGACUCGGAAACGUGGCCGGGGAAGCGAGCGAGGGGGAAGAGCGGCAGGGGGGAGGCAGCAGGGAGCGAAUGACGGGGCGUGGGAGGACGGAGGUGCAGGGAGAAGGAAGCAGCAGGGAGCGAGUGACGGGGCGUGGGAGGUGCAGGCGAGAGGCGGGGGGGGUGGUGGGGCUAGUGCUGCUUUGGAUGGUUUUGAGGAGGGGGAAGGUGCGGCGGAGGGAACACGAGUCCUGGGAAGGGUGUCUGGCGCAUGUCUUGCAGCCAGGAAGCGGAGGGAGCGCAUAGCGAGUCAGAUGCGCACGCUGCAGCGGCUGGUGCCGGGCAGCAGUCGAGUGGACACAGUGUCUGUCCUCUCCGAUACCAUCCGCUUCCUCUGCAGCCUCAUUCACCAGAUUCAGGUGCGUGCAGGGCACAUACACACCCAUCGCAGCAUUUCUCCCUGUAGCUCCUACCAUAAUCUGAAGCUCAUGAUCCGACGCUCAUGA